AUGUGGUGCUGGUGUUCCAACGGUGUCAUCUCAGCACACGCCACACCAUGUUUCAAGGCUCGUGUUGUUCCCUCCGUCUCCGCCAGUUCUCUUCCACAGAGCCGCCGCCACCGUCAAGAACCAAUCACUGAGCAGCAAGUUGGUGAACUGGAUCGCACCCUAAUAAGCAAAUUAUCCAAUUCAAAACCGGAAAAGCAAGAGAUUAACGGGUCAGAUGUACUGUGGGCAUUGCAGAGAGCAACCGCCUCUCGUAAGAUUAUGAAGAACAAUAAAAAGAAGGAGCGUGGAAGGGAUUCAUCCUCUUCUGUCAGUUCCAUGGAAGAAAGUUCUGUGGACUACCGUGUUCGACCACUCUGCAUAAACGACCAUUGGGGUCCUAAAUUGGAUGAACUGGAAAAUCGUCUUCGUGACCUUUCAGAUACCACUUGA